CAAAGGUUUGAUGAGGAGGGUCUCUACUACUGAUAGUUGUUUUGCCCAAAAUAUUGUUUUCAUGUAUGAGAAUUUUGUGAAAUCAGGCAGUGAUGCAUUGAACAUUGAUGACAGUUGUGUUGCUUUGAAGAUUAUGAGGGGCAACUCAUUAUUUUGCAGUAGUCACUGGAAUUUUCUUGAUCAUGUUCUUAUGCCUGUUAAUGUUAAGGAUCUUGCUCAUUGGCUUUUGCUACAUUUUGACAUAAAGAAGAGGUUGCUCAUUGUUUAUGAUUCUAUGUCGGGGGCGAGGCAUGAAAAUUUGAGUUUACUUGUAAUUGAAGCAUUUGCUGUAAUGCUUCCUCUUCUAUUGGAGAAGAUUGAUUUUUAUGAUCGUCGUGACAUAAAUCUUGAUAUUAGUCCUUAUGAUGUUGCUGAGACUAAUGCUUUGCAAUUGAGUAUUGCUAGAGGCAUUCCUCAACAAGUUGAAUGUGACUGUGGGAUUUUUACAACGUAUUUUGCCGAGCAAUUAAUUCUUGGAAAGGAAAACAAGAUGCCAAAAGAAAUUGAUGCUCAGUUGCUUCGCCAAGACAUUGCUGUUAGCUUGUAUUUUCAUGGGAAGAAGAAACAAGAAGAUGGAUAUUUGACUAGCGAUGAGUUUUCUGAAAAGGUUUUGGAUAGGAAGCAGAAGAGGAGGAAGACUGCUGCAUAGGUUCUC